CUUACCGGAAAAUGUACCUUGAUGGUAGCUGAAGCGCGUAAACGAAAAUAACCUAUUGAGAAGGAAAUAUAAAACAUGUCACUGCUUGUUUGCUUUGCAUGUACAUUACGUUUCAUAACGCUUUAGCACACUAGAGGUGAAGGUUCUUACGCGUGUUUAGUUGCCAAAUAGUGUUUUUGUUUACCAUGGUUUUUUAGCACUUGUGCGAGGCAGACAGGACUGGGCCUCCACGCGGGUGAUCGCAUCUUUCAAAGUUAGCUACCUAGCUGGUUGCUAGCGGAUAGCUGGCAAACAUCGGCUAGGUACAGUUCGAUUAGAUUAUAGUUUUUUACCUGUUGAUAAACGAAUAUGUCAGGUUUUAAUUUCGGAUCCGGGACCCUUGGAUCAACGAACACUGGCGGAGGGUUUUCAUUUGGAGGUGCUGCGAGUACUCCGGCAGCAGCUGGUACAGGCGGGUUUACUCUUGGUGGGGCUUUAGGGGCCACAGCCCCGACCCCUGCCUCAACCACCACCACCACUUCCCUUGGUCUAGGGGGGUCUCUGUUCGCACAGAAACCUUCUGGCGGUGGGUUCUCCUUCAACACUCCUGCCUCAGGUGUCCCAGCAGCCUCUACCGCGUCCACCACAGGCUUCAGCAUGGCCUUCAACAAACCCUCUGCCUCUGCUCAGCCGUUCUCCCUCACCGCUGCCUCCUCAGCCCCAGCGGGGACGGGACUGACGCUGGGCUCCGUCCUCACCUCCACCGCUCCACAGCAAGGUUCCACGGGUUUGUCCCUCAACCUGGGGGCGGGCACGGCCGUGAGCACGGGACUUUCGCUGGGUUCCAGCAUGUUCUCAAGCAUGGCACCUACCGGUCUGGGCCAGUCCACUCUUGGAGGACUGGGGUUUGCGUUAGGUUUGGGUCAGACCGGUCUCGGGUCGGGGGGCUUAACGUUAGGUUCCCUGGUCUCUACGUCUACAGCGGUCUCAGCCACGCCUAGCCUCGGACUGGGUGGAGUUGACUUCAGCACCUCCUCUGAGAAGAAGAGCGACAAAUCGUCGGGGGCCAGCCCUCAGGACAGUAAAGCCCUGAAAGAUGAGAACUUGCCACCAGUCAUCUGUCAGGAUGUAGACAGUUUCCAGAAGUUUGUGAAGGAGCAGAAGCAGGUUCACGAGGAGAUCAGCAGGAUGUCGUCUAAAGCCAUGCUGAAGGUUCAGGACGACAUCAAGAGUCUCAAACAGCUGCUGUCAGUCAGCGCCUCGGGACUACAGAGAAAUGCCCUGGCUAUAGACAAACUGAAGAUGGAGACGGCACAGGAGUUGAAGAAUGCCGACAUUGCUCUGCGGACACAGAAGACCCCCCCUGGGCUACAACAUGAAAACACAGCUCCCUAUGAUUAUUUCCGGUGUUUAGUGGAGCAGUUUGAGGUCCAGCUGCAGCAGUACAGACAGCAAAUAGAGGAACUGGAGAAUCAUCUCACUACUCAGGGCAAUGGCUCCCACAUCACACCACAGGAUUUGUCCCUGGCUAUGCAGAAGUUGUACCAAACAUUUGUCGCUCUGGCUGCUCAGCUCCAGUCGGUACACGAGAAUGUCAAGAUCCUGAAGCAGCAGUACCUGGGAUAUCGCCGGGCAUUCCUGGAGGACUCCACCGACGUCUUCGAGUCCAAGCGGGUGGCCAGUAAGAAGUGGCAGAGCAACCCUCGGGUCACCACCGGCCCCGCCCCCUUCGGCAGUGUCCCCAACGCGGCAGCGGUCGCCAUGGCAGCCACGCUGAGCCAACAGCAGCAGCCCGGCCCAGGGAGCCAGGCAUCCCUGGGAUCUGGCCUGGGAAACCCCUUUGCCUCAGGAGUGGGCUCUAGCUUGGGCUCAUCAGGCCUCGGAGCGUUUGGUGGGGGUCCAGGUUUCGGGGGGGUGGCAACAGGGGGCUCCACUUUUGGUUUCUCUUCUGCCAGCAAGCCCUCGGGAGGGAGCCUGAGCGCAGGUUUUGGUAGCAGCAGCAGUUCGGGGUUUAACUUCAGCAACCCUGGCCUCAACGCAUCUGCAGGCCUGACGUUUGGCGUGUCCAACCCGCCCACUACGGGGUUCGGUACAGGAGGCCCCCUGCUACAGCUCAAGAAGCCCCCAGUUGGGAACAAGAGGGGCAAGAGAUAGAGCCCUGGAGAGACGAAGGGCAAAGGGAACCACAGGCUUACGUUUGGGAUAUGUGGAGCAUAAACUGAUCCUGGAUCUGACAUGUAGAACUGUUGAAGGCUUGUCAAAUGGGUCACAGUUCAUCUUUGAUGUGCUUGGGUAGGGUCUGAUUAUACUAGAUCUGUGCCCUGAGGGUGAUAUGUAGGGCUGUCUGGAGGGGUGGUCACGUGGGGUAGUCUGUCACAGAUCUAUAUUUUUAUAUCUGAUUUGGGGGAGGGGGGGGGGGGUUUGAGGUAAGAUCAGGAUGAGUGACAAUGGCCGUGGUGAUAACUAGCAGGAAGAAAUACAGCACAUUUGGAUACGUUUCAUAACCUGUUUUUUUUUUUGUUUUUUUAAACGUCCUCCUUAUUGUUUGAUCAUGAUUGUUUUUGGUAUAUUUGUUAAUACUCUGUCGUGUGUCUGUGUGUUAGUCAAUAGACCGUAGUCUUGUUAUAGGGCGAGUGGAUGACGAUCAUAUUGCUGUCUGUGCUUUUCAGUUGUCUGUUCGGAUUUUCUAUUGCCAAAUAGUGACAUCACCAUGUUUUAUAUUCAUCUAAGUUGAUAAGUCGAAACCUGUAUUUUCAAACAGCAGUUUAAUAAUAAAAGUCCUGAUGUUGCUUAU